AUGGAUUUUAUUUUUAAACAUAAGGAUAACUAUAAAUUUGAACAUCAGUUAAAUUUAGAUAAUUAUUAUGUUUUUAGUAUAAAUAAAUCACAUCCUCAUAAUUCAUUUUUAGGUAAUUUUAAUUCCAAUAAUUAUAAUCUUUUGAAAAGAUCAGAUGGAUUUGAAGAUCAUCAUGAUGAAUUACUAGAAGACGUUUCGUCAUUGCAUAUGUUACAUCCUAGGAAAAUAACGAAAAGAAUGCCAGUUCCAAUAGAAUCUAGGGAAGAAAAUAAAGAAAUAUCAGAUCAAUCAAAUUCAGAUCAAGCUCAUCAAAAAUUAGCUGCGGUUGCAUCAAAACUAGAUAUUCAUGACCCUGAGUUUGCAACACAAUGGCAUUUAUUGAAUUUACAAUACCCAGGUCAUGAUGUAAAUGCAACUGGAUUGUGGCUAGAAGAUGUAUUGGGACAAGGAAUAGUAACGGCUAUAGUAGAUGAUGGAUUAGAUGCGGAAGGAGCAGAUUUAAAAGAUAAUUUUAACGCAAAAGGAUCUUGGGAUUUUAACGAUAAUGGUAAUCUUCCUUUACCACGAUUAUUUGAUGAUUAUCAUGGUACGAGAUGUGCAGGAGAAAUAGCAGCAGUUAAGAAUGAUGUUUGUGGUAUUGGAGUAGCAUAUAAAUCUCAAGUAAGUGGUAUAAGAAUUUUGUCUGGUGCAAUAACGGCAGCUGAAGAAGCUGCUGCUUUAAUAUAUGGAUUAGAUACAAAUGAUAUUUAUUCAUGUUCUUGGGGUCCAACAGAUAAUGGAAGGACUUUGAGUGGUCCAGAGGUUGUUGUUAAACAAGCAUUUGUCAAAGGUAUACAAGAAGGAAGAGGUAAUAAAGGGGCUAUUUAUGUUUUUGCAUCUGGUAAUGGUGGUAGAUUUCAGGACAGUUGUAAUUUUGAUGGCUAUACUAACUCUAUUUAUUCAAUAACUGUCGGUGCUAUUGAUUAUAAAGGCUUACAUCCAGCUUAUUCUGAGGCAUGUGCAGCAGUUAUGGUUGUAACGUAUUCUUCUGGAUCUGGUGAGCAUAUACACACUACUGAUAUAAAAAAGAAAUGUAGUGCAUUACAUGGAGGAACUUCAGCAGCAGCUCCUUUGGCGAGCGGAAUAUAUUCCUUAGUACUCAGUGCUAAUCCAGAUUUAACAUGGAGGGAUUUACAAUACAUAAAUGUAUUAAGUGCUACACCAGUUAAUGAAAAUGAUGGGAAUUAUCAAACUACUAAAUUGAAUAGAAAAUACUCGCAUAAAUAUGGUUAUGGUAAAAUUGAUGCUUAUAAAAUGGUUGAAUUUGCCAAAACUUGGAAAAAUGUUAAACCACAAGCUUGGUACUAUAGUGACCUUGUUGAAGUCAAUGAAAAUCUUGCAUUAAAUAAACCAAAUCAGCUAAAAAGGGAUGAAGACAAAAAAAUCAUCAAAUCUAAGAUAACAGUAACAAAAGAUGACUUAAAAGCUAUGAAUGUUGAGAAAAUUGAACAUGUAAAUGUGAUUGUAAACAUUGAUGCAUCAUUUAGAGGAAAAGUCGGUGCUAGAUUAAUAUCACCUUCAGGAAUAAUAAGUGAUUUAGCAACAUUCAGACCUGGUGAUGCGUCCGGAAGAGGUUUUCAAGAUUGGACUUUUAUGUCAGUAGCUCAUUGGGGAGAAGAUGGAUUAGGUGAUUGGGAAAUUGAAGUAUUUGCAGAUGAUUUUAAAAACGUUCCAAUUGAUAUUAAUUUUAAGAAUUGGCAAUUACGUUUGUUUGGUGAAUCCAUAGAUGCUGACAAAGCUGAGAAAUAUGAAUUAUUGAAAGAUUAUGCAGCUGUUAGAAGGGACAGAAUUGAAAAAGAUAAACAAGAAUCAUCAUCGUCAUCGACAGCAUCGUCAACCUCAACAUCAUCAUCACUUGCUGAGUCACUGACUCAAGAAGCUUCAUCCUCGACAGUCACAUCGGAAGUACAGCUGUCAUCAACAACUGAAGAAGUUGCAAUUUCAUCAACUGAGCAAUCAACUUCAUCAUCUCCAUCAUCAUCAUCCACAUCAAGUGAAAAAGAUACUUCAGAGGGCACUAAAGUACCAGACGAGUCCGAGUCAACCGAUGAACCUGAAGAAGGUAAAAACAAACAUUAUUCAACAGAUCGUACAGGACAAUAUUUCAUGGCUAUCGCAGUAAUUGGAUUCAUUAUAGUUUUAUUAAUUAUGAAAUUUCAUAAAUCUCCAAGUAGUUCACGUAGAAGAAGAAGAAGAGAUGAUGAUUUCGAAUUUGAUAUUAUACCUGGUGAAGAUUAUACAGAUUCAGAAGAUGAUCAAGAAACUUUAGAUUCAAGAAGAAGAGGAACAAAUGCUGAUUCAUUUGAUUUAGGACAAAGAAAUGAUCAAAGAUUAAAUAAAAAUGAUGCUAGAGAUCAAAGAUUAGAUGAUAGAUAUAAUGAUGAAGCUAGAGAAAGAUUAUUUGAUGAUUUUAAUGGUGAGUCAUUACCUGAUUAUCAUGAAGAUAUGUUUAAAAUUGGAGAAGAUGAAGAUGAUGAUGAUCAUAAUCAUGAAGGUAAGAGUAAAAUCGAUAAUAGUUUUAAUGAUGAAUCUAGUAAGUCUAAUGACAAUAAUGAAGAAGAAUUUGCUGAUGAUAGGAAAAUAAUUAAUGAAAGUAAAUAA